AUGUUUUCUACUCUGCCAAAAGACGAGCAUAGCAAGAGAAAGCGCAUCUUUGCAGAGAGAUACGCCAUGACAAACAUAAUGAAGGAAAAGCCAAUAGCUGCCAUCAACGAACGGGCGUCAACAUUUGUGUCUAAGUGUGCUGAAGCGGGACGGCAGAGUGUGGAUGUAUACUCCCUGCUUCACUGUUAUGCAUUGGAUUGCGUUACCCAUUUCAUGUUCAGUCCUGGCGGGCUCAAAUCACUUAACAUCGCAAAAGACUUCGAUAUUAUGCAAGAAUUGACAUAUCACCAAAGUCUUCAGAAAAACCUGUUGGAAUACUAUUUCCCUUCAUUGGCCCCUUAUUUCCCCAAAUUUCUACACGCCCGGACCUCUCCCAAAGCAAACCAAUACGUCCUCGACAUGGCCGCCCAAACCAAGCUAGAAAGCCACUCUCUAAUGGAAAAGCUCAAACGCAAAGAAUCGCGUCUUGAGCUAAUGCAAGCCGCUGCAGAAUGCAAAGACCACAUGGCAGCUGGAAUCGACACGACAGGCGACGGUCUAUGCUUCCUGAUGUGGGAGCUAUCGCGGCCACAGAAUCUCGGCUUCCAACGUCGCCUACAAGAGGAAUUGAAAUCUGCACCGGCUGAUGCACCACUAGACAGCUAUGUAUACCUUGAUGCUGUUAUUAAAGAGGCACUCCGAUGUGCACCGCCUAUCCCGAUGUCACUGCCUCGGUAUGUGCCUACUGGUGGACGGGAAAUUGACGGGUACUUUGUUCCUGAGCAUACAAUCGUGAGCUGUCAGCCUUAUUCGGUGCACAGGAUCAAUGAAUGCGUAUUCCCUGAGCCUGAUUCGUUUGAUCCUGAUAGGUGGCUUGUUGAGGAGGGGUCUGCAGAACGAAAUAGACUGUUUUUUUCUUUUGCUACGGGUGGCAGAGGGUGUACAGGAAAAAACCUUGCGCUCGUUGAGAUGAAGACGCUUCUUCGCGAAGUUUACUCGCAAUAUUGGACGACUGUUGCGUCUGAUAUGACUGCUUCUAUGAAAUUGGAUGACCAGAUUAUUUCUUCGAGGCCGAAAGGGCAGAGCUGUAAGCUGAUAUUUACAGCCAUUGAGUGA